AUUCUGAAGAUUCUAUGAGAUUCCGGGGAUUCUGGAGGGAUUCUUGAGAUUCUGACAAGAUUCUGGCUAGGGUGUACGAGGAUUCUGGGGAGUUGCCAACCCCCGCAAUACCCCACUCGUUCCAGGAGUGCCGUACCGUAACGCUCGGACGUGGAUGACCGAUACCCUGCAGUCGGUGUACAGCCGAACGCGAUCCUACCGAGCCAAGGUGGAAGAACGGACACUCCAAUUCAUCGACGGCUGGAAUAAUGGAACUUUUCAACUGGAAUCAACUGCCACCAGUUUGAUAUUCGCCUUUUAUCAUCUCGACGAUGGAUUGAGCAUGACAGCGUUAACGAGAGGAACUUUGCUCAGCCCUUUAAACGGAGAGUGCCCGAUUGUUCGACUCGGCACACUCGCCCUGUACACGGCAAAUUGUGGCAACAUCAUUUUCGAGAAAGGCACCUGGUCUUAUUUCAUCGACGUCAUGGGCUCCAGCACAGUUCGCCUGGACACAUUCUUUUCUAGUGAAUCCGUCAGUCCGGUUAGAGUGGAAACGUGGACGAAUUCGAUUGAAAAUAAACAAAUCGACUGGAAAACCCAACGAGUCGUCAUUUAUGCUCUGGCGACCCUGCAGGAAAAGGCCGUCAGCGGAUUGAACCUCGUCGCCCACAUCUCCGGCGACAGCGAGGCCGAUUCGGUUCUCAGCGUCAGUCUGAAUGAAAACAAUCCGUCGGAUGUGACGAAAGGCGACGGAGUUUACUCCGCCCAGCUCACCGAUUUGCCCCGCAAUUCCAUCCGCUUCUCUUACGUCGUCGAAAUCGUCGGCGGAGUAGGGACUGUCGAUUCCGGUACUUAUAACGGACAUCCUAUGGCGGGAAGUUUCAUUCCCUCCGGGCAAUCUCUGCCAAUCUCUGCCAUCAACCGUUACGUUUACGGCGGCAGUUUCCAGUUGAGUCUGCCUUACGACGGUGGAGAUGUUUUGCCACCUGGGCGCAUCGUCGAUUUAAACAUUAGCAACUUUGAUUCGAAAAAUUCAUCGGCGGUACUCACCUGGACGGCUCCGAGGGACAAUUACGAUGUCUCCGACAAUCUGGUUGACAGAUUCGUAAUCACCAGUGAAGAUGCUGAUAGUAAAGAAGCGAUUAUCUUCAACGGAAUUGUCAAGCCUCUAUCCGGAACUGUGGAUCACGUCAUCACGGCGGUCGACGUACCGAAAUCCAACAAUAGCCGCAGUGUGUACUUCCGCGUUUACGGGCUGGAUCCUUCCGGCAACCAGGCCCAGCCUUCCAACAUAGCCACAAUUUACGUUCCGGCCUUUUACCUUCCGACCGAUCCAUCUGGAAAUCCGCCCAUUUUGCCGGAAUGGCUGUUUUGGAGCUUGAUCGGAUUGGCGGUUGCCUGUACGAUCCUGAUUGUGGCCAUCAUCAUAGCCUGCGUCCGGCGCUAUCGCGAUGCUAGAAAAAGAGAAGCGAUGGGUGCCGAUUGGGUCCAGAUAGGAGAAACUUCGAUAGGACCCAAUAGACUUCCGGAGAGGAAGAAGGAAGCGAAUAGUAUUAAAGCGGUCGAACCACAAGUGCCGGAUUUCAACGCUCAUUUUACUCCAUCUCCUAUAAGACGAGCGUCAAGUGUCAGUUCUACUAGAUGGUCGGACAACAGUUACCAAACAACAGGAUCGGAAAUUUAUCAUCGGCCACGAGUGACUUUUACGGAGGCCAGGAUCGAAAGGCCAGCUGAUUCACCUGAACGCCCUUCAUCGAGCAAAAGCCUUCCUACUUACGCUUUCGGUGGCGGCUGGGAUAAUGCUCCAUCGCCAGCAUCUAGUUCUUCUAUUAGUAUUACCACAGUGUCGUCCAGCCCCAGCAAGAAGAUUCCUCCUCCGCCACCGAUUCGUAAAUACCAUCCGUAUUCAUUCGAGCGAAAUGAUAAUAACGAGACGAGCAAUAAAGUCAAAACGAAACUGCAGUUUGGUGGGGGAAACGAAGCUCCGUUGGCAACUUCGCCCUCUUAUCUCGCCCAUCAGCUCAGAAAGCAAGAUGUAUCUUACCUACACCGAGGAGAGCUACCGAAAACUUAUUCGAUGCAAACAUUAACAAGUGCAAGCAACUCGUCGCUGAGCAGAUUUGGGGUGGUUUUGGGAGCCGAUAGUGAAGCUUCCCUCGUGUGAUAUGCGCCCCCUGUCAACUUGUCAUCCAUCGUUAUUACUAGGAAAAUAACGUGUUAAAUGAAAGUGAUAAUUAAUGGUUCCUCUGUAAAUUAGGAUCAGGUUUUUUUUAUGUGAAUUCGUUUAAUUUUAAAUGAUGCGGAGAUGCGAAUUAGUAAUUAGUGCAAAUAAACAAAUUCGGCAGAGUA